AUGCCCGUCGCGGGGACUGUGCACAGCGCGAACGCGACGUUCCCGGGGUACGUCAUGCCGGACGAGUACGUCGUCCCCGCGCCCGGGGCGCGGUCGCGUCCGGGGAUGGGGAUGGGGACGGAGAGGGAGUUCGGGACGGCGUCGCGGCGCGCGGCGGCGGCGGCGGCGGCGGCGGGCCGCGACGAGCGCGCGCCGCCGUCGACCCGCGGCGGCCAGGAGUUAUGA